AUGGUCAGCAAUCGCUUGAGUAAGGUGGCCAAGCAUAUCACGAAGAAGAAGGGCAAGACGCCAAAUCUGCAUGAGAAUAGUCGCGAUACCCAGCGUUUGCAGCGUGCAGCAGGCCGCGAUGAUAAGAUCAAUCGAUUGGCAAAAGUGCGAGAGGCACAGAAUCGGACCUAUCUGUUGCGGAUAAAAUCAUUCCAGUCCUUUACCACAGAACAUGAGAAGCCGCUCACUAUUCCGGAACUUCAGGCCAUGAUUGAGGACUACCUAGGCCGUGAUGAUGAAGAGCUGGCCAAGUUGAAAGCAGAGCGCCGUCCAGGAAGGCCCCCAAUGACCCGUCAAACCAUGAUAGAGCAAAGUCAGGCCGUCGAGCAAGCCGAAUAUGCUGCUGGAUUCUGGGUACCCGAUCUGGAAGACGCUGCCGUAUUGCGCAAACUAAAGGAGUGGAACGGUCAAUGGGCCAAUCUCGCUACGCUCAAAUUUGCUCGACUAUCCAAAGAUGGCUUUAAGAAGGAGUCGAGCUUUCCUCCCAAGGGCAUGUCAUGA